UUAACCGGAAGCGCUUUAAGCCCGAACCUGGUCUCGUGUAAUCAAAGUCCGCGAGAAGAGUGAAAACCUGUCAUUUUCUGACUUUUAACCGGUCUGCUUCAGCGGCCUUCAAAUGCUGUAUUGUAACUAGCCUACCAGUUAACACGACUAACAACUGCACGGCGCUUCUCUCGGUUCAGAGUUUAAAUGAAAGCUGUAAUUCUCGCCGCUGGCUACGGAACCAGGCUACAGAGGGAUGUGGUCGCCGACAGCAGCGGGAAGUUCGCUCACCUGGUUGGCACUGCAAAACCGCUGCUGCCGGUGGGACACUGUGCUUUGAUAUCCCACUGGGUCCAUGCCCUGACCGCCUCUGGCGCUGUGGACUGCAUUUAUGUUGUUACCAACGCUCUAUACCAUGCUGCAUUUGAAGAGUGGGCUGCACAUUUCACAAAUGUCAAGAUUCUCAGCGAUCAGACAAGGAACAAUGAUGAGCGUCUUGGUGCUGUGGCCUGCCUGCAGCUGGCAGUGAAGCACUUUGAGAUAGACGACCAUGUUGUAGUCAUUGGGGGUGAUACCCUCUUCAAAGAAGAUUUUAGCCUCGGUAAUGUCUCAGAGAGGUUUUCUGACCUCCAAGCAAAGCAUGAGGACAGCUGUCUAGUGCUCUCAUACCAGUGCAAAGAUGAAGAAACCCACAAAUAUGGGAUACUGGAAGUAGACGGUGAUCUUUGUGUCCUCUGUAUGAAAGAAAAACCUCUUCCUUCUGAGACAAAGUCAAGGAGAGCAUGUCCUUGUUUCUAUAUGUUGUCAAAGAAAAGCCUUCCUCUGCUGGAUACCUUCCUUGAGGAAAAGAGGGAGGCUCCUAUUGAACAGAGGGAUGCCCCAGGAAACUUUGUGUCUUGGCUCAUUCCAAGGAAGCCUGUAUACGUUCAUCAAAUUUCUGGGCGUUUUGAUGUUGGAAACUUGCCUUCCUAUAUUGAAUGUGACCUUUACUUCAGAGAAAAACUUCAAGAUGUCAAGUCCUACAUGGUGUAGAGGAGACAGAAAUAGAUAUAAACACCAUGUUUAUUGUGGAGGGAAAAAAAACUCACCUGAAAAGUGAAAUCAUGACCAAGAAUCUGUAACAGUAAAUCAAGAACUGUGGCUGUAAAUAUUAAUUUUAUGACUAUUUUCUAUUACAUUUUUUUUCUGUAAAAUUCAUUACAACCAAUUAUUUCUCUACCCA